AUGUUCAGCUUCAUUUUCGGCGACGAUGACAAGAAGAAGGCUCCCAAGCCCGAGGGAGACGCAGCACCUGCCAAGGGGAACAAGGGUGGGGCUCCGGGGAACAAGCAAAAUAAGCGGUCCUCCGGCGAUGACCGCGACAGUCGUGGGAGCAACAAGGGGUCCGGCAACUCGACCCCGACCGCGACCUUCCAAAUCGGCGACCACGUGCGGACGCAGAACCUCGAGAAGUUGCCGCAUUUUGACGGAAAGCUGGCGGUCAUCCUCACCCUGCUGGAUGCCGAGGGCAAGCACAAGGUGCAAAUCCGCCCCAAGGGCCAAAACUUGAAGCUGUACCCCACCCGCCUGCGCGCCGUGUCGGAGAGGGAGUACCUUCAGGAAAACCCCGAGGGUGACAAGCCCAUCCAGAACCUGAUCGACCAAGCCCGGCAGUCCUUUGGGGUCGCAGCUGCGCCCACGGGCGCAAACGCAAAUAACGUCGCGCGCGACAACAACUCGUCCACAUCCGGUGCAGCGAACAAAGACAAUAAACAGGGGAAUGCGGCGAACAACGCUCGUGGGAGUGCGGGAACUGUGCAGAAUGCAGCUCCACCUGCUGGUGAAGCACAAGAUAACACGACGAAGCAAGGAUCGGUGCAAUCGCCAGAACCAGCUCCGAAGACUUCUUCAACCGGCGCAACUACAUCUGCAGCUGCUAACGCAAACGCCGCAAGUGGUACCCGAUCCAGCGACUCUGUGCAGCAAGUCCAGCAACAACAAAUGGCAGCAGCGAGAAAAGCGGAUACCCAGUAUUCCAUAGCGGAAGUGUACGAAAAUGCUACCCCCGCACAGGCGGAUCAACAAACUCGUUUUAGUAGCACCCCUGCAAUCAGCGUCAGCACUGGUACGAAGCAGCCCCAGAAAUCCGUAGCGGUGGUGGAGCCUCAGAAGUCGUCGACACCACAGUUGUCCCAGUCUGGAACGACAAGUGGAAAUGCCAACCUCCCAGCAGCAGGAACUACAUCAACAUCCGUUCCCGUGAGCGGUCGCGCGUCCUCGGCAGCGGCGUCACUAACCCCGGAAGAGGUGGAAAAAUUCGGCCGUCGGCGGUCGGCGUUUUUCACCGCACGUCACGGGGAUGCAAUCGCGGAGCAGGAGCGCACGAGGGCCGAGUUCGUGCAGGAACUCGUGGAAGAAUCCGAUCUUCGGGUGGACGCGUUUCUCAAAAGCUACGCAUUAGAGCAGAAAAUGAUGCAGAAGAAGGCCGGAGCGGUUGGAGCAGUUGUAGGUGAUGCGCCACAGAGGGACACCAUCAACGGCAGAGGAGCUGUACCAGCCCCGUCAUCAUUGAAAGGAAAAGGAAAAAAAGCUUAGAGAGUCGUUGCGCCACUGCUUCGUUUAUCUGCUUAUUAUGACCCCGUUCCACUUGCCCCGUUUUCUAGAUCCCCAUGCCCAUCCCAUUCCCAAUAAGAUUUUUUUCUCUGCUUCACAUAGAUAAAUGAAAGGAAAGCGAAACCAAACCUGGAAGAUCAACUUCUACACUAAUCCCGUCUCUAACAGCACACGAAUCCCGUUCGUUGUGGCACGAUGAUGAGGAACACGAAGAAACUGUCUCGCGACGGCCCCAUCAAGGCGCCGAGGCCCCAACUGGCCGCAACAGAUGAAGAAG